AUGGGACAGUCGAAAUGGAUACGAACAUUCGCGGAGGGCCCCCCGGUUUUUGUGCGUGUGGUGUCCAACGAGCAAAGUGGAGCCGUUUUUGUUUACCCUGAGUAUUCAGGCAAUCGAUUAUAUCAGACCCUGGGUAACCUCCAGGUGUCUCCGCUCGCAGGAUUCGUCUUUCCAGAUUUCGAAACUGGGAAUGCGCUGUUUGCUACCGGAAGAGUAGAGAUCCUGGUCGGCAAGAAUGCGGCCGCCGUGCUGCCCAGAUCCAAUCUCGCCGUGAGGGUAACCGUCACCGCUGCCCGAUUUGUGGAGAGAACCCUCGCGUUCCGAGGUAUCGCAGGGGCCUUAUCUCCAUACAACCCAAGUGUGCGGUACCUGGCAACCGAGAAGACUACCCCGGCCAUUAUCGACGAUGGCCUAUCCAUCACAGCAACCUUGGUGCGGAAAGAGAUCAUAAACCCUAGGAUUGGCCGAUUUCGCUUCCGUAUAUCAGAUCCUAUACAAAUGGGAUCGUGGACGCCGGGCCAAUACGCAACAUUUUCCUUCCAGGAAGAGCUGGACAUGAGAUAUCAUCACAUGCAAGACGACGACCCGUCCAGUCUGAACGACGACUAUAUCAGAACAUUCACGAUAUCGUCUUAUCCUGGCAAAGACCUUCCGCCCGAUGAAUUCGAGAUCACAGCUCGCAGGCACGGAAACGUCACCCGCCAUCUCUUCCAAACCAACGAACGAGCUGGACUGGAAGUUCCGUUGAAGGGGUUUGGCGGUGAUUUCGUGAUCAGCUCACAAGGCGGACAGGACCUUCUUCCUUUUAUCGCUGGCGGAAUCGGGAUCACGCCCGUCAUUGCGCAGCUUCCGGGUAUUGAUAUCAGUCGCCUGCGUCUCUUCUGGUCCAUGCACAUCGAUGAUAUCGGACUAGUCGUGGAUACAUUCCAGCGAUUUCCUCAACUGCCUCAGUCCACGAGGCUUUUCCUGACGGGACCAGAUCCACAUGAUGAAGAUGUAAUCCCUCAUCUGGAAGCAAUCAAGGGGACGGAAGCGCAAGUUGAGCGGCACAGAAUGCAUGCUGCGGACCUGGACCUGUCAUUGGCGGAUGUGUGGUAUUUCUGCGGCAGUCCUGCUCUAAAAAGCUCAGUGAUGGACUGGCUUACCGGAAAGACAGUCGCAUAUGAGGAUUUCAAUUACUGA